CAAGAUGCUGAAGUAGUUUGUCGACAGCUCGGAUACGAUGGAGCUUUAUCAGCACCCCGUACUGCACUAUUUGGACAAGGAACUGGUCAGAUAUGGCUGGAUGACGUUCAAUGUGUUGGAAAGGAGAUUUCGAUAUCGGACUGUCAUCACAGAGGAUGGGGCGUCCACAACUGUGGGCAUUAUGAAGACGCUGGAGUAGUGUGCAAAUCUAAAGUUCGUUUGGUAAGCCCUAGUAUGUCGCCAUCCUCUGGUCGUGUUGAAGUGCUGUAUAAUGGUACAUGGGGAACCAUCUGUGACGAUUCAUGGGACUUACAGGACGCUGAAGUAGUUUGUCGGCAGCUUCGAUACGAAGGAGCUUUAUCAGCACCCGGUGAAGCAGCAUUUGGACAAGGCACUGGCCAGAUAUGGCUGGAUGAUGUUAAAUGUGUAGGAAAUGAGACACUAAUAGCGCAGUGCAAUCACUCAGGAUGGGGAGUUCACAACUGUGGACAUAACGAUGACGCUGGUGUGGUGUGCCGACCGGCAG